AAUCAGAAGGAUGAGAGUAUUGGAUGAAAAAGCCAAGAUAGCCCCAUUGUUUCUCUUUCACUGUGGAAUCAUCUCAGUUCCCCAAAGCUACAUCCUUUUUGGCUCUUGGAGAUCUGGAUUGGAUUUAGAUUGUGUUUUUGGGUUUAAAGUCCAAAUGGGUUCACCGGAAAGAUUGUUUGGCCGGCAGAGAAGCCUUCAUGAGAUCCUUGGAGGAGGUCUCGUUGCAGAUGUGAUCUUGUGGAGGCAGAAAGAUGUGACAAUGGGGAUACUGUUAGUAGCUUUAGCUGCUUGGGUGGUGUUUGAGAAGUCUGGUUAUACAUUGCUAUCACUGGUCUCUAGUGUUCUUCUCCUUCUCUUUGUCAUUCUGUUUCUCUGGGCAAAAGCGGCUGCCAUUCUGAACCGACCAGCUCCACCCCUGCCUGAAUUUCAGUUAUCAGAAGAAAUGGUGAAUGAAGCUGCAGCUGUCAUCCGCACUCGUGUAAACGCUUUGCUUUUGGUUUCACAAGAUAUUUCUCUUGGUAAGGACUCAACGUUGUUCUUCAAAGUAGCGGCUUACCUGCUUCUGAUCUACUUUAUUGGUGGCUUGACUGAUUUCCUGACUUUGGGCUACACCAGCCUUGUCAUUGUUCUGACAAUUCCAGCAUCCUACGACAGAUGUGAGGAUUAUGCGGACAAGUAUGUCAUAAUGGGUUACAGGAAAUUGCUGAAAUUGUAUGCUAAACUAGAUGAAGAAUAUGUAAACAGAUUUCAACACUUGAUAUUGGAGAAGAAGAAACUUAGUUGAUGCUACUAAGUUCAUGUGA